CUUCAAUCGUCUCUCAGCUUCUCAGUUCGUUUCACUGUGCCCCAUUGGACUAACUCUUUACUCGCCGUUUGUUCACAUUCAUCCUCAAAACCAUGAGAAAGUUGCUUCUAACAUCGUUGGUUGUCAUGUUGGCCGUCGAGACGGUGCACGGCUUGGUUUGGUCAUUGGUUCUUGGAAAUCCCGUCAUCGACAUGAAAGACGAAUCGUCCAAAACGAGACUCGGUGACGACACGGAGAGUAGCUCCGAAGACGUCAGUGAUAUCGAACAUCCGCGGAAUACCAAACUGAAGUUACCAAGGAACUCAUCUUUAUCGAGCGGUUCACGACCUACGAGGCAACAUCACGGACAAGAUAAAUGCAUGGAAGACAAACAAUGUGGUAAAGGGCGUUUUUGCGAUCUUCAUUACGGUGUAUGCCGAACGGAGAAAUCACCGGGAUUUGCCUGCCGUCGGGAUCGGAUGUGCGGCAAAGGACUGGCGUGCAUGUUCGGGCGUUGCCAGGCGAAGAUAGCGACAGGAGAAGAAGGCUCUCGUUGUCAUGGCAAUUCAGACUGUCAGGCUGGUCUGUGCUGCGCCCGUCGUCACGGUGAGGCCGUUUGUCAACGUAAAUUGACGCUCGGUCAGCGCUGUUUCGUACCGGAUGGCGGUCUCGAGUACUCUCUCAAUCAGCUGUGUCCGUGUGACGUGGGAUUAGUUUGUCGACAGCAGAACCCUGCCCAUGCCAUCGACUCUCCAUCCAGUCAAGAAGACAACAGCUUCGAUCGUCCCAACAGCACGAACUCUGAGAAUUUCCCAUUCUGGACUAGCACGGAGAAUAUGAGAUGUACGUUUCACGAUAUGGGAGAACAAUCGUGCGUCUUAAUGUGCUAAUGUCGUUCGCUGUCAUCGUUCGAAACAUGGAUGGUUGGAACCAUCCAUGUUUGCCCUGUAACUGUACAGCUACCCCACGCGUCCUCUUCAAACGUUCCCCUCCACAAAUGUAAAAAUUAUCUAUCGGUGAAGUAAUAAUCGAUCCUAUUCAUAUAAGUUAAAAAUAUUGUUGACUCGACGAGAAUCUAAAAUGCGAGAAGGAAAGAGAACAAGUAAUUUUGUUUUGCACAUUACCGUGUACAGUAUAAUACAGCCCAUUGAGAAUGGACAUUAUGUUGAUUGGAGAUAUUACAUAAUACAUUCAUUUUAUGUUUUCA